AUGUCCACCCGAUCAUACACGCCUCUGCGGAGGUCGUUGGCUCAGUUGUCCGCGCGCAGCACGCGAAUUGCUGGUCGUCGUGCCGGGCCUUCGUUCCGCGGAUAUUCUACUGAACAGAAAUCCAGUCAACCAAAGCCCUUCACUGUUUGGAGACCCUACUUACGGCUCGCCAUUGGCGUGCCGUUCAUUGGCGCGAUCAUUUACUCGAUGAUGAACGAAGAAGUCACUGAACUCGAGUCUCCUUCCAUGGUUGAAAUAGAUGAGGCCCUCAAACAAUCAUCCGCCAUCAACGAGUCCUCGCCGAUGCGGUUACGAAUGGAAAAGCUCAUUAAGGACCACCAACAAAAGAUCAUCGAGGAACUAGGCCGGAUUGAUGGGAAACAAUUCAAGACAGAUACAUGGACGCGUCCCAAUGGUGGCGGCGGCAUUUCAUGUGUACUCCAGGACGGUAACGUCUUCGAGAAGGCAGGCGUGAACGUUUCUGUGGUGUACGGACAACUGCCCCGACCUGCCAUUGAGAAAAUGCGUGCCGACCACAAGUCCUUUGUUGGCUCCGACGUGGAUUCUCUGGAUUUCUUCGCUGCUGGUCUAUCGCUUGUCCUGCACCCGCACAACCCUAUGGCCCCGACUGUUCAUCUCAACUACCGAUACUUCGAGACCUCGGAUCCUAAGGAUCCUAUCAACGGUGACAAGAACUGGUGGUUUGGUGGGGGCACUGAUCUGACCCCAACCUACCUCUUCCCCGAAGAUGCUCAGCAUUUCCACAAGACCAUCAAGGAUGCUUGCGACCGCCACGAUGCUACAUACUAUCCCAAGUUCAAGGCCUGGUGUGACAAGUACUUCUACAUUCCCCACCGUGGCGAGUGCCGUGGUGUUGGUGGCAUUUUCUUCGAUGACCUCGAUGCCAACUUCCUUCAAACCUCUGCUGGGUCAUCUUCCAACCCCCAGGAGACCCUGUUUUCUUUCGUCUCUGAUGGCUUAGCCUCUUUUCUCCCAUCGUAUGUUCCCAUUAUUGAGCGACGGAAGGACAUGCUUUAUACUCCAGAGCAAAAGGAGUGGCAGCAGCUUCGCCGUGGUCGCUAUGUGGAGUUCAACCUUGUCUAUGACCGCGGAACCAGCUUCGGCUUGCGCACACCGAAUGCCCGUAUCGAGAGUAUUCUGAUGAGUCUUCCUCGCACUGCCAGUUGGGCCUACAUGGAUCCAGUCUCUGGCACACGGACAGAGAACAUGGUCGUAGGCGAGGAUGAAGAGCUGACAGAGGAUAGGUCUCGCGAGAAGGAAAUUAUGGAUGUGCUGCGACACCCUCGGCAGUGGGCAUGA